GGAGGGGCAGAGGAAGGAGAAGGGCCACGGAAGCUCUCAGCUAGGCCUGCUGUAUCUGGUUGCCUGGUUACGGGCUCCAGCGCCCGGAGCUGCGUGGCUGGUGGAAGUACCCUGAGCCGUUGGCCUGCUGCGGCGCGUGCUGACUCUAGGUUGGGGCGGAGGGGGGGGGGGUGCAGGAGGGAUCGGCACUGGGAGGGGCACUGUGGGGCUCCUGCUCCCUCAGUUCCCCGCGGAAACUUCCUGCCUCCAGGACCCCCGGACCGAGUGGCUAAAGUGAACAAGAUAUGGCCAGUAAUCACAAACCCCCUUCUGCUCGUCCUGUUUCACGAGGAGGAAUUGGGUUGACAGGAAGACCUCCUUCAGGAAUACGGCCCCCAUCAGCAGGUCUUCGAGUAGCAACUGGAAUGCCACCUGGUACAUCAAGACCUGCCUCUCGAAGUGGUACCAUGGGGCCUGGAGGAGUACUGGCUUCUCAAAUAAAAGUUGCAGAUCGUCCAGUAACACAGCAAGGUUUAAGUGGAAUGAAAACUGGAAUGAAAGGUCCCCAGAGGCAGAUUUUGGAUAAAUCUUAUUAUCUUGGGCUACUUAGAAGCAAAAUAAGUGAACUCACAACUGAAAUGAAUAAACUUCAAAAAGAAAUAGAAAUGUACAAUCAAGAGAAUUCAGUGUAUUUGUCAUAUGAAAAGAGGGCAGAGACUUUAGCUGUUGAAAUCAAAGAAUUUCAAGGACAACUAGCAGACUACAAUAUGUUAGUGGAUAAACUCAACACAAAUACAGAAAUGGAAGAAGUAAUGAAUGAUUACCACAUGCUAAAAGCUCAAAAUGAUCGAGAAACCCAAAGUAUGGAUAUAAUAUUUACAGAAAGACAAGCGAAAGAAAAACAAAUUAGGCGGGUAGAAGAGGAAAUUGAACAAGAAAAACAAGCGGCAGAUGGCAUUAUUAAAAAUAUGUCUCCUGAAAAACAAGUCAAGUAUAUAGAGAUGAAAACUACAAAUGAAAAAUUAUUACAGGAAUUAGAUACACUUCAGCAGGAAUUAGACUCACUGAAUAUGAAGAAAGAAGGUCUGGAAACUGAAAUAGCACACUCCCAAGUAAAACAGGAGGCUGUCCUUCUUUAUGAAAAACUUUAUGAAUUGGAAUCCCAUCGAGAUCAAAUGAUUGCAGAGGACAAAAGCAUGGGAUCCCCAAUGGAAGAGAGAGAGCGGUUACUUAAACAAGUUAAGGAAGAUAACCAGGAAAUAGCAGGCAUGGAGAGACAGUUAACGGACAUAAAAGAAAAAAUUAACCAAUUUAAUGAAGAAAUUCGGCAGCUUGACAUGGAUUUAGAGGAGCACCAAGGUGAAAUGAAUCAAAAAUACAAAGAGCUGAAGAAAAGGGAAGAAAACAUGGACACCUUUAUUGAGACAUUCGAAGAGAUGAAGAAUCAGGAACUAGAACGAAAAGCACAGAUAGAAUCCAACAUUGUUGCACUAUUGGAACACUGUAGCAGAAAUAUAAAUCAUAUGAAACAAGUAUCUUCUAUCACUAACCAAGAACUGAAGAUGAUGCAAGAAGACCUCAAUUUCAAAUCUACUGAAAUGCAGAAAUCACAAAGUACUGCCAGAAAUUUAACUUCAGAUAGUCAACGUCUACAGUUGGAUUUACAGAAAAUGGAACUCCUGGAAAGUAAGAUGACUGAGGAACAAACUUCUCUAAAAGCUAAAAUUCAGCAAAUGACAAAAGAUCUGGAGACAUACAGUGAUUUGCCAGCUUUGAAAUCAUCAGGUGAAGAAAAGAAAAAGAAACUCCACAAAGCAAGAACUGCAUUAUCAAAACGCAGAAACACCUAUAAGAAAGUAAUGGAGAAGCUAAAUUCUGAGUAUGAGACAUUAAAAACUCAACUGCAGGAGAAUGAGACUCAUUCUCAGCUUACAAAUUUGGAGAGGAAAUGGCAACACCAUGAACAAAAUAACUUUGUGAUGAAAGAAUUCAUUGCAACCAAAAGUCAAGAGAGUGAUUAUCAGCAAGUCAAGAAAAAUGUGACCAAACAGAUUGCAGACUACAAUAAAACCAUUGUGGACUCUCUCCACAGCACCAGCCGAAACUGAAUCCAAACUUCAAGGUGUCCACAAGUACCCUAAACCCUGUACUGCAGAACUUGGAACAAGUUCACUUUUUUCAGAGAAAAAAAAAUAUAGCCUGCCCAUGUAUAGUUUUAAAUUGUUGAUGAUGAACAGUUUAUUUCAAUGAAUCCUUGAAAGUAUCACCCUAUUUUUGAAAGCAACACGACAAGAGAGGAUAUUUUUUAAAUGCAUGGAUUAGUUAUCAAGGUGGUUUUCCCUAAAAGGAAAAUAUUUACUUUGUCAUGACCUAUUUUAUAUUCAAAUGUGUCUAUAACAUGGUAACAUAGUACAAUAAAUAGUUGUGUUUUUAAAAACUACCCUCUCCUCUUUGUCAACUAUUUUAAUUAAUCUCAUUAAUGUGUUUUCCAUCCAGGUUUUCAAUAAGUGAAAAUUUUUAUCAAUCACAUCUAUACCAAAUCUAUACCAAUAGAAGCAGUAUUUUGUAGCUUUGUCUUUUUAGAGAACAGAUAAAAAUUGAAUCUUUGUAAAUAAAGAGAACGGAGAUUUAUCAUAGUCUUUCAGUCAUUCACAGUAAUCUGGUGGUUGAAAACAUAUUUAUGCAUAUACCUAUUUUUUGUAGAAUUGCCUCCUUUUGCAGAAUAAUACUUAAGAAUGUGAGGGCAAGCCCAGGUCAGAAAACAGAGGGUAGAUUACAAAAGUAAGGCUGGAAGUUACCAAAGGGGAAAAAAAAAGUGAAAGCAGGGCUUGACAUCCUUUCAAACCCCUUAUCACAUUUACUCAUUCCUCUGGCAAAUUCCUUUCACUCUUCCCUAGCCCCAUCAUUAAUUCAUGCUUUCUUCCAGGGCUGGAAUUAAAAGUUUUUUAAAUAGGAUUGCUACAGAGUAUGCUAGGUGUACUUUUAUGUGCUUUUUGGAAAAUUUAAGAGCCAGUAUAGAUCUUACUAUAACUCAGCUACUUUUCAUUAUUAAAUAUAGAUGGAAAUCAGGGAAAUGGAUGCUAGCAUACUUAAGCCAGCCUUUAAAAAAAGUCCCUUGUUCACUGUGGGCAAAUAACACUUUCAUUGGUUCUAUAGUUUAGACUAUGAUCUUACUUUUAUUUCUUGUAUAUUUCCUGGAAAGAAAGCAUAUUGAGAAUUAUGAUUGUGGACUCUUUGCCCUUCCUUGUUUCUUAGGAAAGCUAAGUACCCUUUUCCUUCACCUUCUUUCUCUUUAGAUUUUUUUUCAUAUCUUCCCUUUGAAACUAUGGUACAACUUACUAAUGAUUUUUAAUAUUAAUACUAGGGACUGUAGUUGGUGAAGAGGCCUCAUGACUGUAGAACUUCACUAAAAUCCUGUGCCCUAAAUAGAAGUGAACCAGUCUGCCUAGAAAAUAAGUAGUACAAAGAUUCUCUUCAUUGAUUAAAAUGAUGUAUCAUUCCAGAUGAGAAGCACAGCAGAGAGCAAAAAGUUAUUAUUUUUCAGAAAAUAAUUUCUAUUAAUGUAUUCAGAAAAAAAACAACUUCUCUUAAAAUUAAUAUGUGAUAUCUUGGGAUCACAACUGAAUAGGUUUUCUUUAAGCAAAAAAUCUGUUAUCAUAGGGAAAUUCUCACUAAUGUCUCUUCCUUCCUCUCAGAGUGUUUCAGCAAAUCCAACAAGAAUACACUGUUUGCUGUGAGAGAGUUGGAGACUAAUAUCUGUACAAGGCAGACUCUUCUUCAGUUAGUGCUAUAGCUCACUGAGUUCCAUUCAUGUUAGAAUAACACCCUGUAAGUAGUAAUGGAAAGAAGCUGCAAAAUGAAUAAACAAGCUAACUGAAAUAAUUUUUAUUUGAUGUACAGUGUUCCUUUUAAAUCUGUUUCCACAAAUGAAUAUCAGUAUGAGAAAGUUAUAAAAUCUUUGCUUUCCUCUUUGUUAUCAUUUGUCAUAAAUAUGAGUUUGUAGUAUUAUUUUCCCCUGAGAGACAUUGCAUAGUUCUUCCCUUUUUCUAUAGUAUUUUAAUUUUCAGUCACAAAAAUACAGUGGGUGUAGCUUACAGUAAUGCUCUCCAAGUUGUGAUCUGUAAGCCAGUCCUCAGUGACUAGCAUUUUCAACUCUAUUCCCUGAAUCCAUUUCUUCUCUCUCUUCCCUCCUGUCAAAUAAUUCUUAUAUAGAGAUCUAGGUCAAUUAUUGUGCAUAGAAAAAAAAGAGAAAUCA